GUGUUUUAAUGCGAGAGAGUGUAACAAAAACAGAGUGAACUAAUAACAACAAACUCACACCUAACCUAACCAAACAAGACAAGACGAUGGCUUCGUUUCGCUUCCCUUUCUCGUUUUCUCAGCCCUCUGUCCCUAAACCACCGCGUUCCACGUCAUCAUCAUUCAGACUCUCCGUUUCCGCAGUCGCCGUGACCGUCACCGUUGGCGGAGUAGCUGCGAUCGCGGCGUCGCGGAAUCCGUGGGUGUUCUCAUCUCAUCGUUCGUCUCAGUUACCAUGGGGAUCUAUAGCUCUAGCCAGUCCUAGCUCCGAAUCCAACGUUGUUGUUGAGCCUAAGACCGGUUUCUCCUUCCCGGCUACGAUCGGAGGAGGUUCGAGGAGAUUACUAGGCGUGGGGCUGAGGAAGAAGAGCCUACUUGGAUUGAAGAACAUCGAUGUCUACGCAUUCGGCAUGUAUGCUGACUGUGAUGAUGUCAAGAAACUUGUUGGUGAGAAAUACGCGAAUCUUCCGGCUUCUGAGCUCAGGGGAAACAAGGCAUUUGUCGAUGAUCUCAUGGAUGCCGAUAUAAAGAUGACUAUAAGGCUACAGAUUGUCUACGGCAAACUCAACAUCCGUUCCGUUCGCACUGCUUUCAAAGAUUCUGUCGGUAACAGACUCAAGAAGUUUGGUGGCUUAUUAGACAACGAUGACUUGCUCCAAAGCUUCACUAGCCUCUUCAAAGACGAGUAUAAAAUUCCAAGAAAUUCCACUAUUGAUAUGACGCGAGAACCAGGGCAUGUACUCAACGUAGCAAUUGAGGGAAACCAAGUUGGGAGUGUGAAGAGCAAACUCUUGUGUAGGUCAAUCUUAGACUUGUACAUUGGUGAAGAACCGUUUGAUAAGAAUGCAAGAGAGGAUUUUCUAGACAAUGUGGCUUCUAUAGCCGCUGUUGACAACAAGUAGUACCAGGUCAUGAGAUUUCAGAAGAAAAAAUGAUAAAACAAACCAAGUGUGGUCUUUGCUAUCGUAUUCUCUAUAUUAUAAUACUGUUGAGGUAUUUUUAAUGAAAAAAAUUGCUACCUUGA